AUGGGAGAUCUAGUGUUUUUUAACUUGCAGGAUGGAACGGAAGUACAUUCCCCCUCUUUGAUCGUACAUGGAAAAUGCUCUUCUAAGUCCGCUUCAUCUGUUCAAGUACAGCAUCCUCAGCUGCCUACAUUAGAGUAUGAAAUCAAUUCGAAUGUCUUCAAAUGCUUGGUUCAAUUGACCCCUGGUGAAAACAGGCUGACUUUUGUGACGAAUAGUAACGUGGCGAAGACGGUGACAUGUUCAUAUGUUCCCCUACUACAAAAUUUGCCCGUCCAUCUCUGCUUGCUUGUUGCCAGUGACUCACCUAUGGUUUUCGAUUCACCAAAGUCGCAGCGAGACCGUGAAGGAGGAAACAACCUCGACUUGGCUGUGCGCAAACUACGCGUGGGAGCCCGCCUCAUGCAGACCUUUACCAACGAACAAAUGAUGCGGAAUGGAUUUGGACAGCGUACCUUCAGGUUUGUAGAGGAGUAUGGGUGGGAUACAACUUUCAGACAACCUCAAAUGGGGAACAGAGUCAAGAUUCAUGUCAUACGCUCCUCGAAGUCCACCAAAGAAUUGCGUGAUCCCAACAUUGCCCAGCAAAAUAAGGACGCUAAAGAUGCAGGUGGACUAUUUGGCAUUGCGAUGAAUGAUUUGAAGAGCUAUGGCGGCCCGUUCACCAAUAGUGAAAAGCCUGUGCAAGCUGCUGUAAUGUUUUUAGAUACCCAUUGGGACCCCAAACUGGACCUCAUUACCGCUCAUGCUGCCUUAGGUGGAGGAGAUGGCGAUAUAAAACUGGCCAUUUUCGGAUCCCAUGGAUUAUUUUCUUGGCCAACUUGUUUUGAGGAUGUGCCAAGAUAUUUUUCAGACGAGACGAGAACAUCGAAAAGUGAAGUCGCCAAUGAUUGCAACGAAUGUGGGACUCAUUGGGAAACUCUUACAGUUACACUAGGUGCAUUUAUGCAUGAAAUAGGACACUUGUUAGGAUGCCCCCAUCAGGAAUCUGGUGUAAUGUUGCGCGAUUACGUUUGCUUGAAUCGUUCAUUUUUGACUAAAGAGGCAUUCUCUACCAGGACAAACUCAUAUGGUGCAACUCCUCCAAUCUAUCCCCGUGAAGAAUGUACUUGGCACCGCCUGGAUCUGGUGAAUUUUCUAUACCAUCCUUCGUUUACACUUCCCCAGGAUUUUUACGAUGCAUCCUUCAUGAGACCCGGUCGCAUUGGCAACUUCAAGGUAUCUGCUCCCUCUAUUUAUGUUUUACCAAACAACUGCUGUCUCUUAAAGUCAGAAACGGGAAUAUAUUCGAUUGAAAUCAUCUGUGGAGAUUUGGCAAGAGCUGCAAUCGAGUAUCUUCCACAAUCUCUUGGUGGAGCAGGCCCUCAAACAGAGGUAACCCUAUCACUAGACGAUUUGAGGGCACGCAUUCCCCCCGAUUUCUUACCUCAACAUCGUGAUACCUUCACAGUUAAAGUAAAAGCAGUUAACUCUCCCGAUACAGAGUGGAAUAAUUUCCCCAAAGUUUUGCAAGAAUCUUCAAUUGCUAUGGAAAAAUAUGGCUUUCCUUCUGGAACAAGUGGUCUCAAGUCUACUCUCUAUGGUGGUCAAAAUAGAGGUGAUGAUGUUGGAAUUGUGCCUUUUGAUGGACGUAACGUUACAACUCUCCGCGUAUACUAUGGUGCUGCGCUCGAUGGAAUAAGAUUGUAUUUAGGCAAAGAGCAAGGGAAUUCGGGUGGAACUCCUGCCGUUCCUCCCAGAACAUACAUAGGAAAGAUAACAAAUGCUAUCAAUUCAAUGAAAAUUCAAGAGCCUGAUGGACCAAGUAUACUCUUCGGGAAGCAAACAAACAACUACUCAGACGUAGUAAUGGAGUCUGGCGAAUACUUGGUUGGAUUUAAUAUCAGAGCUGGUGCUUGGAUAGACGCCUUACAGGUGGUUACCAGUAAAAAUAGGGUUAGUGAAUAUUUUGGUAAUAAAAAUGGAGGCGGACAGCACCAAUUAAUACCACCAGCUGGUCAAUACGUAUUGGGACUUCAUGGAAGAGUUGGUCAAUGGGUUGAUGCUCUAGGUAUAGUUUAUGGUGCCUUAUAG